CUUAUUUUAGCUCAUAUAUUCGACUAUCAUUUAAACAAGCAGGUACUUUGGAGAGAGUACUUGACUCAAAUUCUUGAUAUUUGGUGUUGAAAACGUUUGGUGAUUUUCUUGCCACAUUAGCGUAGUAUGCAAGCUUAUCUCUUCUUAAAGAUUUAAUAGUGUAUUUAUACUUGUUUGUUUGAGGGGAGAUGUUGACGAACGAAUUCCAAGUUAAUUGAUUGCUGAUGAUAUUUGAGAUUUGAAAAUGUUGGACAAUAUUUGAGGCUUUGCUUGAUUAAAGACCUGUUAUUUCUUCUUUUUGAACUUUCCUUAACAAAAAAAUUAUUUUCUUCCUAGUCUACGCCAAAAUUUAAAAGUAAUUGUAUGUAUCCAAGUAUGUCAAAUAUUGUGGACCAGAAGAGAAUAUAGAAUCUAAAAGUAAUAAUAUACGUAAUUCAAAAGUUCUCUUUAAAUGUUCUAUAUAAUUAGAUAUAGUUAGAGCUCGAGGCAGUUUGUCGCACCCACCUUAAUUCUGAACAUUUAUCAUGUGAAGGUAAUUUAAAAUAUCAAUCUAAAACAAUCUUUCUUACUAGUUUAGAAGUAUCAUUAAUUCACUCAGAUGCUUACAAUUUAAUUUCAUUCAAGAAAAUAUUCUUACUAGUGAAGAUGAAUAUUUAAUUCUCUCAAAUGCUUAGAAUUUAAUUUUUUUCUAUUUGCUUUCUCUUAAUUCUAAAGAUGUUUCACUUUAGUAAACUAGACUUAGAUGCUUCGACCAAUAUCUUGGAUGGUAAUAUUCUUGUAAUUAAGUUGAUAGGAUUUUAUUACAAUUAGCAUCUUCUAUUUUUGGUAGAAUAUCUCUUACCUUUUUGUAUAAAUAGUGAAACAAGAUGUGAAUAAUACACAUUAAAAUUCAACGAUCUUCUAAAUCUUUCAAGGCCAGGGAGUAUAUGAUUAAUGGAGCAAUUUUAGUAAUAUGAUCAGGAGAAUCUACAAUGGGAUCGGAUUAAAUUCUGAUCACUAUAAAAUAAGAUGCAUAUGUAGCAUCUUUGGAAUAUGAGUAGGGCUCCUAAGUGGGGGGGUUCGUGGAGGCAAUCCCAAAGAAAGAGCAAAAGGAAGUCGGGUUCUUGGGGGGCACAGCCAUACGACUUCGAAUAGGAGGGGCAACUCUCUGGAUCAUCCCUGCUUUCAGAAACGUCUGGUCGAAACUCGAAACUCAACGAUCUCUCUGGUUUUCUCUCUUGUUUCUUUGAUUUCACCAUGUCCCAAUGCGAUGAUAAUUUCACAAGUCACGUUGAGGAGGUUUCACAAAUUCCCGACCAUCUUGACUCCCAAACUGACCCAAAUAUUUUGCAGGAAUCAUCCAUACUAUGCAGCCGCAGGCCUACUCCAUAUAAGCCAUACAAUCCAGGAUGGGCUACCACUGGUCUAUCAGAAAUUCCUAUUUUACGUGCAUUCCAGCUGAAUUCAAUCUUUUCAAUGGCAAAAGAGACGAGUGAUGCAAGUUCAAGCACUAAUAACAUAAGGACCGAAUAUGCACGUAGUAAAGCACCAAGGCUGCAUCAAUCAUCAUCUUCUCCUUCUGUAAGAGAAGUUGUUGAGCAGGAACAGAGACAGAGCAAGAGAGAUUACCCUGCGGUGAUCAGUCCUAUUAUAUAUAAGCUAUAUGAUCCAAGAUGGACUGACAUUGGUCUGCCGGUGGAUCCUGUUUUACGCGCACUCGAGCUGAAUCCAAACUUCGCAAUGCCAAAAGCGACAAGUGAUGAAAUUUCAAGCGCUAAUAAUUUAAGGACUGAAUAUGCACGUACUACAGCGCCAAGGCUACAUCAAUCUUCUCCUCCUCCUGUUAGAGAAGUUGUUGAGCAAGAACAGAGACAGAGCAAGAGAGAUUACCCUGGGGUGAUCAGUCCUGUUCCAUAUAAGCUAUAUGAUCCAAGAUGGAAUGACGUUGGUCUGCCGGUGGAUCCUAUUUUACGUGCACUCGGGCUGAAUCCAAACCUCGCAAUGCCAAAAGCGACAAGUGAUGAAAUUUCAACCGCUAAUAAUUUAAGGACUGACCAUGCGCGUAGUAAAGUGCCAAAGCUGCAUGAAUCAUCUUCUCCUUCUGGAAGAGAAGUUGUUGAGAAAGAACAUAGACAGAGCAAGAGAGGUUAUCCUGGGGUGAUCAGUCCUACUCCAUAUACGCUAUAUGAUCCAAGAUGGGCUGACAUUGGUCUACCGGUGGAUCCUAUUCUACGUGCAUACAAGCUGAAUCCCGACUUCUUCCUUUCCAAGCCCAAGCCCAAGCCCAAGUAGUGAUGAAAAGAAUGAGAUCAUUAGGGAAUUGAUUGGCAAGUAGCAGUGGGGCAAAAAUUCGGUUCACUAUGGAAUAUUCGCAUUCUGUCUUUUUCUUUUUUCGUCUUUUGUUAUCGCUUACAAUUCCAUAAUAAGCAGAAAGCGUCUGAACGCUUUCAAGGAUGUUUAGGUUUUGCUGUUUUGUUGACAUAUCCAAGCUAUUCCAUAAUAAGCAGAAAGCGUCUGAACGUUUUCAAGGAUUUUCAAGGAUGUUUAGGUUUUGCUGUUUUGUUGACAUAUCCAAGCUAUACCAUAAUAAGCAGCAAGCGUUUGAACGUUUUCAA